AUGGAAAAUCUCUGUCGUUGCUGUCAUUCUCAAUACGGCUUUAAAAGUCUCAAUGCUUCUCAUGAAGGUAUCGAAGAAACUUACUCUGUUAUGUUGCAAAGGACUUUUGAUAUUGUUGUGAAUCCAUCAAUUGGGGAGCAAAAUACAGUUUCUUAUUCUAUCUGUGAUGUAUGCAUAUCACAUUUGCGUGAUGCUCUAUUUUUCAAGCAACAAGUGGAAACUUGUGAACAGAUCCUAUCUUCACAUUACAAUAGUCCGGAAGUCAAAGGUAAUUUUAAAAAUGCAGUCAAAGAAGAGGCGACAGAAUCACAUGAUGAUAAUAAGCUGGAAGUCUUCGAAAACUCAAUUGAAGAUACUUUUGAUGAUCAACCUUUGUCAGUUCUUAAGAGCAAGGUUCAUAAAGAAGAAACGAUAGACCAAGAAUCAGAACCAGAUGCAGACUGGGCUGCUGCAGCUACUGUUAGCGAUGAUGAGAUAACCAAGUCCAAUAGUCAGAGAAGAGUAAAAAAAUACACCUGCAAUGUUUGCUGUAAACAAUUUACAUAUUAUGGCUCCUUGGAAGUCCAUUUAUUGACACAUAAUGGAGAGAAAAAUUAUCAAUGUCUUAUAUGUAAUAAUAAAUUUUUGCAGAAUAAGGAUCUAACAAAGCAUAUAUCUACAAGUCAUUCUGAAGGUGGUGUAUAUCCAUGUAAUAUGUGUGCCAAAUCAUUUGACAAAGCUCGCCUUUUGAAGAACCAUUUAGCAAGUCACUACGAUAUGGACAAAUUUAAGUGCAGCCAUUGUGACAAACAGUUCCAACGCAAAAAAGGUUUGAAAGAACAUAUGAAGACACACACGAAGGAGAAAAAUUUCACUUGUCAGAUAUGCCACAAAUCUUUUGGUCACAAUCAAACUUUAAAAUCUCAUAUACUUACCCACACUGGGGAGAAACCAUAUGUUUGUGACGUGUGUGGCCGUCGAUUUGCCCAACGCACACAUUUAAAGAGGCAUAUCUUCAUUAUCCACACUGGGGUUAAACCUUACUCAUGUAAAGAAUGCAACAAGCAGUUUUCCAGCAAAAGUUACUUGGCAAUUCACACCCGGCAGCAUACUGGUGAACGUCCACAUACAUGUGAAGUGUGUAAAAAAGAUUUUACUGCUUAUACAACUUUAAAAGUACACAUGCGGGUCCACACUGGUCGCAAGCCCUACACUUGCAGCUUUUGUGACAGACAGUUUGCUCAAAUGGCCAGUUUUAAACUACAUGAGCGCACCCAUACUGGUGAACGACCAUACUCUUGCAAAGUUUGUAAAAAACCAUUUUCAGAUAAUGGUUACUUAAAGAUUCACAUGAGAGUUCAUACUGGAGAAAAGCCAUACAGCUGUGAAAUUUGUAAGAGGUCAUUUAGAGAGACUGGUCAAUUAAAACGUCAUAUGAGAGUGCACACUGGAAUAAAACCAUACACAUGCAAGAUAUGUAAUAAGCAAAUUGGUAAUUUAUCAAAGCACAUGCGUGUACAUUCUGACGAGAAACCUUACAACUGCAGUGUAUGUAAUAAACAAUUUUCCAUAAGCGGUAAUUUAAAACUGCAUAUGAGGAUUCAUACUGGUGAAAGACCUUUCUCUUGUGAUAUCUGUAAUAGUCAAUUUAGUCAAAGCAGUGGACUGAAAAGGCAUAGAUGUACACACUUGGACAGAGUUAACUCUUAG